GCCAUAAUCGUGGUUAUGACGAUCAUCAUCAUUGCUUUAGCAGCAGCUUUGGGAGUUGAAAAAUCUAGGCUGUCUCCUCCUUGCCCCCCUGCUGCCUCCUGGUGCCCGGACGGCUGGAUCUGGAUCCAAGGGAAAUGUUACUAUUUUUCUAAGGCCGAAGGGAACUGGACCUACAGCCAGAGCUUCUGCUCUUCGCACUCUGCCUCCCUGGCCGGGAUUGAGAGUCUGCAGGAGCUGGGUUCCCUGCUGCCAUACGAAGGCAAACUGGACCACUGGAUCGGCCUCCGGAAGGACACGGGCCAGGUCUGGAAAUGGGCCAACGGGACCGAGUUUGACCAUCGGUUUGAAAUACAAGGCGGAGCUGACUGCGCACCUGGAUGAAGAACUCGCAGUCACCACGUCAAGGUGCCACACACCAAGACAAUGGAUCUGCAGUAAACCUGGGAAGGGAGAGGAGCGAACAGUGGGAGGGGAUUCGUGAACUCAAGGGAAUCGGAGA